CACAUCUGUCACAAGGCUUUAACAAACUGUGACGCAUUUGUUGACUCGCUCAGUCAAGGCUCUUGCUCACCGAUCCAGGCGCCGUAGCGACUUUAGCUCCCCGCACUUUCUUCUAGCCCCGACCCGGCCGGCAGCGUUACCACGGUGUUUGCCGAAACAUCAUACUAUACGACCUGUCGGCACCCGACUGGUCUGCUCGAUCCAAGAGAAAGAGGCCGUUAAACGCCGUUCCAGAGACCUGGUGUUUCCAUCUUUCGCUUGUCGACCUCGUCGCAUAAAGUUUAAUAGCACGCUACCGAAGCACACACGAUCCUUUCGGACUCCUCUCCGAAACCUAGCCAGAGCUUCUGGAUCAUCUUUGGGCUAAAACUCCCGAGAACGCUGCAUUCUUCUUCAACUCUGUUCAGCCAUACAUGUAGUAGCGCGGCCCGAAACCAUGGCGCGCUCACCUAGCAAGGAAGAUGCGGUCAUCAUCGUCGGGGCCGGCAUCUUUGGUCUUAGCACCGCAGUGCACUUGUCUCGCCGGGGAUACAAGAACGUCACCGUCUAUGACAAACAGCCCUACCACGAAAGUCUGUAUUCGUAUUUUAAAGGCGCCGAUGGAGCCUCUGCAGACAUGAACAAAAUCAUCAGAUCUGCUUAUGGCGCACAAACAGAGUACCAGGGCUUGACCAUUGAGGCGCUAGAGGGCUGGACCGCUUGGAACAAGGAGCUGGCAAGCGGGAAGACAGUCCCACCGGGUCUAACCACCGACGACCGCGUAUUUGUCAAUAACGGCAACCUGUCACUUUCAGACUCGGCAUCUCUACCCCAAUUCGAGCAGGAUACCGUGGACAACAUGGAAGCAGCAGGGCAUCGGAACACUCAACUAAUCACCAUUGACGAGCAACAUCAGAAAUUUGCUGCUGAAAAAGGAUGGUCUUUCGGGAUGGACCCGUUCCGCCGUUUGCAAAGAGGUCUCAACGCGGCCGGUGUCCUUGACACGACAGGAGGCAUGGCCGUGGCUGACAAGGCCUGCCGUUUUGCGCUGCAUAAGGCGGUAAGCCAAGGCGUCAAGUUUGUAUUAGACCCGCAAGCUGGUGCUCUUGUCUCGCUGAUCUACGAGGGCAAGAAGGUUAUCGGGAUCAAGACCCGCGAUGGCAGGGCACACCACGCCAAGCUGACUAUACUGGCGUGUGGUGGUUGGACACCAUCUUUGCUCCCAGCCCUGGAUGGUCUGUGUGAGACGACCGCAGGGUCGGUCGUAUUGCUCAAGAUCCCGCGCGAAUCGCCGUUGUUUACUCGUUUCGCACCUGAGAACUUCCCAACAUUCACAUACAAGGUGAGGGACGGCGUUGAAGGCGGUCUAUACGGAUUCCCGAGGGAUGAGGAUGGCUGGCUGAAGAUCGGCUAUCGUGGUACCAAAUACACAAACCCCGUCACGCAAGCUGAUGGCAAGGAACGCAGCGUUCCCGUAACGCGGUGGUCGACUGCAUCGGCGCCUGGCGAUCCUAACGAAGCCACCAACGAGCGCCUAACGACAAUUCCCCAACAAGCUUUGAAAGUCUUGCGCUCCUUUUUGGCAGAAAAUCUUCCGGAGCUAGGCGCCGAGGGCAUCGAUAUUUCUUUUACCAGAGUAUGUUGGUAUACGGACAGCUAUGACAAUCACUUUGUCAUUGGCCAAGUUCCCGAGACCGAGGAGUCACUUAUGGUUGCGACUGGUGGUAGCGGACAUGCGUUCAAAUAUCUUCCCAACAUCGGCAAUUGGGUUGUAGAUGCAGUGGAAAAGAAGGGGCAAGACCAGAUCCCGCCGAAGCUUUGGAAGUGGAGACAGAUUGGGAAGCAAGAGAAACCAUAUAAUGUCUUGAUGGAGGGAAGUAAGGGCCCGACAGCUCUCGGCAAUGUGCCUUUGGCGGCCGAGAUCGAGAUAGCUGGUGAUGUAAAAUCUAGAUUGUGAGAGGCUAGAUCUCAACAUAUCUGAACUACAGUUGCAAGGCGCAUCAACCACUGUAUCAUACAAAUGUACCAGUACCAAUACCACGGG